AAAUGUAAGUAUUAAAUUAAUAAUAACAUUUAAACAAUGAUGAAGAAUUCUCAUCGUGUGAAUGUGCUCGUUACUUCGUGUCUGAAGACGCCGGUGGAUCCUCACACUAAAGUUCCAGCAGCUUCAUAUGAGAGAGAGAGAGCAAAGAUUCCUCAUUACAUCCAUAAUGAUAAAGAGAUUGAUUAUGACACAGUCUCAGACCCAGAAGAAAAUGACGCUCAUGCCAAAGACAGCAGCCCACUGCCCAUCAAAAAUGACCGUACAAUGUCACAUGAUCACAUCGACCUGCAAGAGUUUUACCGCUCCAGUAUAGAGUAUUACAACCAGCUGGAGGAGCUGCGGAGAGCUCACCUUCAAGCCAUGUCUGAACUGGAGCUAAUGUACCGUAAGAAACUCGAUUUGAAUGGCAUCGCAGCUCUGAGCAGCUCCAGCCGAGCCUGUCCGGCACCAUGGGAUGGAUUAACCCUAAGAGAAAAAACAAAGAGGGCUCAGUCUGCCCACGAGCUCAGAAGUGGCAUCACAAAAUUCCACAUGGGCGAGCAGCAGCUCACUGUGAACGAUGACUGUGCUGAUCCAGUCAGCCACUGCAUUCAUCAAGGCUUUUCUAUUUCGUCCAAAGAACAAAUCAGGAACAUGUGGAAGGAAUUCAGUGUGGACAAACAGUCCCCAUGUCAUCGCCACUGUUCUUCAACAAAGCCGCAGAACCAUCCACCCAACUGCCAAGCCAUGGUGCAAACUAAGACCAGAGGUCAAAAAGGAAAGCAGGAGGAACAGAAUGGCUGGCGUCCACGUGUAACAGUUCCCAAACCCUUUAAGAUGACGCUCCGGGAGGCAGAACUUAAGAGCAAAGGCGUCCGGUCUCGCUCCGAGAUCGAACGAGAAAACGAGGAGCUGCGUCUGCAAAUAGAGGAGCUAACCGAGUGCCAGCGCAAGUUCCGAGCCAGUUCAGUGCCUGCACAUGUCCGCCUUCCGUUGUACGAGGAGCUGCAGGAGCGGGAUGAGGAACGCAGGUGCCAGCUACGUGCUGCGGAUCAGCAGAGGCUCCGUGACUCCCAGAGACCUUUCAGCUUCCUGGAGCGGGAGCACGCCAAGAAAGCACAGAAGGAGAAACAGCUCCAGGAGCAGAAGAAGCAGGAGGAACGCCGAAGGAACAUGUUCCGGGCCAAACCUGUUCCCAAUGCUGUAAAGGAAGCGGCGUUGGGUGAGUGGCAAAAAGAAGAGGCGCUCUACCGGGAGAUUAAAAAGUUUAUGCGGGCGAGAGAGAUGCUGCUUGGUGCUUCAAUGCCACCCAGUAGGCUUGCCAAACGUCUUGCAGAACGGAGAGCACAGAAGGCAGAUCAGCUGUACGACAACACCAACCAUCGCCCCAGAAUCAACACCCAGGUGCCUGACUUUGAUGCCAGCUACAGGCGUUUCCAGAAGCAGCUGGAGGGCAAAAGGGAAUCCCGUCCAGUCACUACAUGUGAACCCUUUGACCUGUCCACAGCUAACUUCACCUCACAUAAAGAUUGCAAUACAACUGAUGCAGUAAGGAGAAAGAACCCUUUGAGUUCAAGAUGCCCCUUUGUUACCUCUUCACCCCGGACGUCUUCAUCCUCCCUUUGCUCAUCUCUUUCUGGGAGCCAAGAGUACCUGCCUACCAAGAUCACAGACGCUGCCAAGAAACGUCAAGACGCCGUUAGGAAAGUUCUGGAGCAGAGGAAGAAGGCUGAGGAAGAGAAGGAGAGAUGGCAGGAGAGACAGAAGCAAAAGGAAAGGAAGUUGCAGAAGCUGAUCGCCAAGCGUGCUCAGGCCAACGACCCACACAUGACCUUGGCACAGACGUACCGGUCCAAACUCGAGCAGUUCAGGAAGCAGGACCUGCAGAGGCGCAGGGAAUUCCAAGAAGAGAUGAAAGGAAUUCAGGAGAGAGUGAACAGUAGACCUUUACUUCUAGAAAGAGUAGCACAGACCAAUGCUAAGCUGGCAGCAGAGAGGUGCUACACUGAAGCUCUGCAUAAGUGUGGUCUCAGUGAGGCCUUUGUCUGUAGUAAAGCUCCCAAGAGUCACAGAGGAGAGGAGCGGUCACAGAGCCACACUCCACCUACAUACAGAGAGGACCGAAUACUUGAUGACCUGGGGGGUUUGGAUGCUGACUCUCUGUCUGGUGACUAUCCUGCCGAUUAUGAAGAUUAUGAACAAGAUGUUGAGGAUAAACCGGUGGUCAGAGAGAACAUCAUGCACACAGAGGAUGAAGAAAAAGACGACAACAAACGUGACACUGAUGAGGAAGGAGACGACAGACACUCCGAUACAGACAAUCUGGAUUGUGAUCAUUAUUAUAGUGAUCAGGAGAAGAGUGAUGGGGAAAGUGACCUCAGGGGCAGGGACAGGAGCCACAGUCUCCAUAGUAACACAAGUAGGGAAAGUGAUGAUGGAGAAAGAAGUAGAAGUGCUUUAAAGGGUGGAGAUCAGACAGAAGAUAGAAAAAGCUCACAGAACAGUCCGGAAUCCUACAGUGGUGAUGACAAAACUAUGGUGGAAGAACACAAGUAAUUUUGUCACGACUGUUUAGCUCCCCUGUUAAGGAAAGACUUUUUUUGGUUCUUUGUCAGAAUGUUUUGCCACCUUGUUUAUUUGAUAAUGACUGAAUUGUAUUAAACCAAAGUGACACGCAAUUUGGUUGUAGAUCUGCAGUAUUUAUUUAUUUAUUUAUUUAUUUAUUUUUAUUUUGGGUGUUU